AAUUAAUGUCAGCUGAAAGGCUCUUAUAGGAGGAAGUGCCUUAUAAUUAUAGCAACUAUUAGAAGGAGAAUUAAGGAAGCGGAAAUGAGCAUCAGUUUGAAGGGUAGGAUAACGAAAAGGUCGAGCUGUUAAAAAAGAUUGAAACUUUAGAAUCACGAUUAAAGAAUAGCAUUGAUGAUAAACCUUACAGUGAGUUGAUAAGAAUAUUAAUAUGGGAAGCAUUGGGAACGGCCUUUUUUGCUUAUGGGAUAGUUUGUUCAAGAGGGAAUGAUGUGAUGUUGAGUGUGUAUUUGUUUGGAGCAAUAUUUUUAAUCGGAAAGAUUACAGGAGGACAUGUGAAUCCUGCAGUUUCGAUGUCGUUUUAUAGUUCAAAUGAGAUAAGUGCAUUUACAAUGAGGGUGUAUUGGGCAGCUUAAGUGGGUGGUGCAAUAGCAGGGGCUUUGGCUGCUUUUGUGAUUGUGGGUAGAGUUACAUCUCCAUACAUUGAGACACAACCUAUAGAGUGGAUGGUGGCAGAUUUUUGUGGAGAAGUAUGAUAUAUACAUCAACUAUUAAGGCUUUGGGGACUUUUGUAUUUUGUUUGUUUAUUCAUAUUCAAGUGCAUCCAUAAACGUAAUUAACCGAAAACAAUUUGAUAGGGAUUGGCAUUAUAGCAACAGCACUAUAUUUUGGCAGGAUAUUGACAUUUCAUACUGGAGGUAUCAUUAAAUUUAGGAUAUGAUAGGUUGUUUGAACCCAGCUAUGGGAGUUGGAUUAGGCAUUUUUGAGUCCUUACAAGAUGGGAAUUGGGAUCGUUUGAUUAAUAUUUGGAUAUACAUAUUUGGUCCUUUGUCAGGAGCAUCUUUGGCUUCAGAAUUCUACAGAAGUGUAUAUGUGGGAUUAUUGCCUAAGAAAUAAUGA